GCAAGCCUGAGCCCCUCACAUUCCCCUCGACAUGGCGCUGAGCCGGCGUCUGGGACUUCGGCUCUGCGCGAGGCUGCCCGACUUCUUUCUGCUGUUGCUCUUAAGGGGCUGCUUGAUAGAGGCAGUGGAUCUCAAGUCCAGCAACCGAAACCCAGUUGUACAUGAAUUUGAAAGUGUGGAACUGUCUUGUAUCAUUACGGAAUCACAGACAAAUGACCCUAGGAUUGAAUGGAAGAAAAUCCAAGGUGGUCAAACCUCAUAUGUGUAUUUCAACAACAAGAUUCAAGGGGACCUGGCAGGUCGUACAGAUGUGUUUGGAAAAUCUUCAUUGAGGAUCUGGAAUGUGACACGGUCGGACUCAGCCAUCUAUCGCUGUGAGGUCGUUGCUGUACAUGACCGAAAAGCCGUCGAUGAGAUUACCAUUGAAUUAAUUGUGCAAGUGAAGCCUGUGACCCCUGUCUGCAGAGUACCGAAGGCUGUGCCCGUAGGCAAGAUGGCGACACUGCAGUGCCAGGAGAGCGAGGGCUAUCCCCGCCCUCACUACAGCUGGUACCGCAACGAUGUGCCACUGCCUACAGACUCCAGAGCCAACCCGAGGUUCCACAACUCCUCAUUCCGUGUGAACUCCGAGACGGGCACUCUGGUUUUCAGUGCUGUCCACAAGGAUGACUCUGGGCAGUACUACUGCAUUGCUUCCAAUGACGCAGGCGCAUCCAGGUGUGAGGGGCAGGACAUGGAAGUCUAUGAUCUGAACAUUGCUGGGAUUAUUGGGGGAGUCCUGGUUGUCCUUAUUGUUCUUGCUCUGAUCACGAUGGGUAUCUGCUGUGCAUACAGACGUGGCUGCUUCAUCAACAAUAAACAAGAUGGAGAAAGUUAUAAGAGCCCAGGGAAGCAUGAUGGAGUUAACUACAUUCGAACAAAUGAAGAGGGUGACUUCAGACACAAAUCGUCCUUUGUCAUCUGAGACCCGAUGGCUGGGAGAGCAUUGCAAAUACCUCUACUGGAGACUGGUCAAGGGUGCUGCGAGCCCAGGGCACCUGCAGAGCGCCAUGCAGAAGCUUUUUGUUUUGGCCAAAAUCGACUCCUCCCUUGCUCUUUAACAAGCCACAUGAAUAAAGAAAUCCUCCUGAAGAUGGCAUAGUAACUUAGAUUGUUGCUAGCCUUUUCCCUUAGAGGGAUUAGGAUGAUCUUCAAAGCUU